AUGAAGGAGGUACGGGGCUGCUGCUGCCCCACGCCACAAGGUAAACUAGGAGAUAAGAAACAACGUGGAUUAUCUGUGGCUUUCUUCAAAGCCAAACUCAUCUGUCUCAGGAAAUAUUUUCCUGGUGCCCUCUACAGACCUUCCAAGUUUAAACAGAUCAUGGUUGCUGUCACAUUUCUUUUUCUUUUCAAAUCUCAUGUGAAAUACCUCUUGUGGCCUACAGUAUUCCUGAAUAUGCAGAAUAGGGAAUCCUCAGAAAGCCAGGCCAACUUGAUCGGCAUGAGAUUUGCAUGUAGGCUCUUGUGUCUGCAAGACCCCAAACUUGGUUUAAUGCUGUGCUGUCACUGUCUUGUAAUUCUUAAUAUUACAAGCUCAAGGCAGGACUCUAGUCUGACCGCGGGUCAUAAGACUCUCAUUUCAGAAGGGGUUGUGCCCUAUCCCCUGAAGGAAGGAAGGCUGCACAGAGAAGCCAAAUUUCCGGUAAACCAGCACCAGCCUGAGGAUCAUGUUCUCAUCAAAGGACGGAAAGAAGGAAAACUCGAGCCAGCCUGGGAAAGACCCUACCUUGUGCUGCUAACCACCGAGACUACUGUUUGUACAGCGGAAAGGGGAUGGACUCAUUAUACCCAAGUCAAGAAAGCACUGCCCCCUCCAGAGUCGUGGGCCAUGAGGAUCGUAGAAGUUAAAGACUUAAAACAAACUUUGACAAUUAAGACAGGAUACCAAGAUGCAAAUGCCUGGUUGGAAUGGAUCAAGUAUUCCAUCCGCACGUUAAACAAAAGCAAUUGUUAUGCUUGUGUGCACAGCAGGCCAGAGGCCCAGAUUGUCCCCUUUCCACCAGGGUGGUCCUCCAGUCGACCAUGUGUGGAUUUCCAGGAUUCUAUGGCCUGGAGUAACAAGAUGUGCCAAGCUCUCUCUCUGCUAUAUCCCGAAGUCCAGCACCCUGUGGGUCAGCCCCUGAGAGUCAUCCAGCUUCUGUCUCCCAACAUUAAGUUCACUUCGUGUCUCUCAUGACAGGGAGGAAACUUAGCGUUCCUUGGAGACCUGAAGAGAUGCAGUGAGCUUAAGAAUUUUCAAGAGCUUAUCAAUCAGUCAGCCCUUGUUCAUCCCCGAGCGGAUGUGUGGUGGUAUUGUGCUGGACCUUUUCUGGACAUUGUGCCAAAUAACUGGAGUGGCACUUGUGCUUUAGUCCAAUUGGCUAUCCCUUUCACCCUGGCAUUUUAUCAACCAGAGGAAAGAAAAAUAAGACAUCAUAAGGCAAGAGAAGCCCCGUAAGGGUCUUUCGACUCUCACGUCUAUAUAGACACAAUUAGAGUCCCACGGAGAAUACCAGAUCAAUUUAAAGCCCAAAAUCAAAUAGCUGCAGGAUUUGAGUCAAUAUUUUGGUGGGUGACAAGUAAUAAAAAUGGGUGGAUAAACUACAUCUACUACAACCAACAGCGAUUUAUUAACUACACUAGAGAUGCUGUUAAAGGAAUAGCUGAGCAACUAGGGGCUACAAGCCAGAUGGCUUGAGAAAAUAGGAUAGCCUUAGACAUGAUAUUAGCAGAAAGAGGAGGUGUUUGCAUCAUGAUUAAAACUCAGUGUUGUACCUUCAUCCCAAAUACCACCACCCCUGAUGGAAGUAUAACAAAGACAUUGGAAAGUCUGACUGCUCUGUCCAGUGAGUUCAACUCAGGGGUAAAUGACCCCUUUACAGUAGAAAAGUGGUUCAGUACAUGGAAAAGAAUAAUAGCCUCAAUUCCUACUUCCCUCAUAGCUGUAAUGGGUGUAGUUAUUCUUGUCAGGUGCUGUGUCACACCAUGCAUCUGUGGGUUGGUGCAGAGACUCAUAAAAAUGGCACUUACUAAAACCUCCCUUAACUAUCCUCCACCAUAUCCAGAGAAGCUUCUUCUUUUGGAAAAUCAAGCAAAACAACUAAGCCAAGACAUGUUAAAAAAAAGUUUGAAAAGAAAGAGCUGUAAGAAAAUGCAAGAGGAACAGUUGUUAGAUAUGAGUUCUAAAUUUCUUUUCAAAGAAUCAAUAUGUCAGUAUGUUCAAUUCUUUGCCUUCUACUUUUAAACUUAACUUCCACAAAAAGCAACCUUUUUUGAUUACCUGCUCCACCCUGGCUCAUUUUAAUUACCUGCUCCACCCUCAUUCCGAUUACCUGCUACCUGCCCCGCCCUAACUCAUUCUCCACCCUGCAUAACCAUUUUUCCCGCCAAACCACUCACCCGUCACUCUCUUUAAAUUAGCCAAUCGGAAUUAGUUUAGCCUGUCUGGUCUAACCCUAGCCAAUAGGGGAAUGACACAGCAGCAGGGUCCAUGUGCCUCAGGGAUAAGAACCCCUUCCGCUCCCUUGUCCAAGUGUGCGCUCACCAUUGCUCUAUCUGUAAGGGCAUACCCUUCUAUAGAAGUACCUUGCCUUGCUAAGAAUUAAAAAGAAAAUUUUAAAAAAAAGAAAAAAAGGAAAUUAAAAAAAAAAGAAAAUGUAUUUAAUACAUCUAACCUACCAAACAUCAUAGCUGAGCCUAAAAACAUUUUCAGAACAAUUACAUUAGCCUACAGUUGGGCAAAAUCAUCUAACACAUCUAUAUUAUAAAAUAUAGAAGCAUAUUUUAUAAUAGUGUUGAAUAUCUCAUGUAAUUUACUUAAUAAAUGAUCAUGUCAUA